GACGUCCUCCUGAUUGGUAAAACAGGUAAUGGCAAGAGUGCUGUGGGGAAUACCAUUCUAGGCAGACGUGCCUUCAGGAGCACGUCGAGUUUCUCGUCCGUGACCAAAGACGUCGAGUACGAAAUGGUCAAGUUUAAAGACUGCCUCAUAAAAGUCGUAGACGCGCCAGGCGUCGCCGACACCGACGGUAUAUCUGACUUCGAGAAGGCGUCCAAAUGCGUUGCCGAGAAAAUGAGGCACGCCGUCACCGUGAAUCCCGAGGGAUACCAUGCUUUCCUUCUGGUGAUCAAGUACGGCAACAGGUUCACUGCUGAGGAUCUGUUCUGCGUACGAAUGCUGAAAUCAAUCUUUGGAGAAGAUUUUGUCAGAAACUUCUGCGUAUUGCUAGUGACAUGCGGGGACAGAUUUAAGGAGGAUAACGAGCACUGUCAAUUUAAAGAAUGGUGUGAGGGACAGGAGGGUGUUUUUAAUGAGAUUUUAACAGAGUGCAACAAUCGAGCGAUUUUAUUUGACAACUCUACCAAAGAUGCUAUGGUUAGACGCAAACAAGUCAAGGAGCUGAUGAAAACGAUCGACAAUAUGCAGUUUGCUGGGCGACGCUACACGGAUGCACAUUUCGAAGAAGUUGCGGCAGGACGAGAGAAAUUUAUGCAGGAAAGUACAAAGCCAAUGAUCAGAGAAGACACGAUAAAACAAACGUGUCUCCUCAUACAAGACCUUGAGGAGUUUUCAAGCCUGGAAGGUGAAGCCCAGAUUAAAGAGCUUGGUGAACUGAACGAGAGGGCCACUGCAGUCAAACGUCGAGUCUUGGAGCUGGAUGGUGGAACUGGAGCCCUACAGCAACCGAUACAAACUGUUUCCGCUCUAGUCAGAGCGACUUCAGAGAAAAUGAGCUUCCUGAGUCAGUGCGUCAAGGAAAAGGAAGACCUCGCA